UAUCACUCUUUUAUUUUGUGAGAUUAGUAUCUCUUAUUUUACAACUAAAUUUAUAGCUUCCCAAUUCUUACCCUAUGGAAUCAUCUAAAAUUGAACAAUUUCUAGAAGGCAAAACUAUUUUCACUACGGGUGUCACUGGUUUCCUUGCAAAGAUUCUAGUGGAGAAGAUACUCCGAAUUCAACCAAACGUGAAAAAGCUAUUCCUUUUACUAAGAGCUUCGGACGCCAAAUCAGCCGGAAUACGCUUUAAAGAUGAGAUUUUGCAGGCUGAAUUGUUUAAUGUUCUAAGAGAAAAGUUAGGUGUAGAGCUAAACAAUCUCAUAAAGGAGAAGGUAUUUCCAGUAGCUGGUGACGUUUCGUUUGAAGAUUUUGGAAUUGAAAACAUGGAAAUGAAAGAUGAGAUGUUCAAAGAAAUUGAUACUAUCAUACACUCAGCUGCAAGUACCAGAUUUGAAGAGAGGUAUGAUAUUGCCAUGAAAACCAAUGUCUAGGUGCAGUCAAUGUCCUCAAAUUUGCUAAAAGAUGUGCAAAGUUGAAAAUUCUUGUUCAUGUAUCCACUGCUUAUAUUUGUGGGGAAGGGGAAGGAGUUAUACCAGAGAAAUCAUUCAGAUUAGGUGAGGCACUCAACAAAGAUUUGUACUUAGACAUUGAUGUGGAGAGGAAGGUGAUCGAGGACAAACUUAAAGAACUUGAAGCUCAAAAUUUGACAUCAACGGAAGUGACAAUGGCCAUGAGAUAUCUAGGCAUUCAACGGGCAACUUUGCAUGGGUGGCCAAACACAUAUUCCUUCACAAAAGCAAUGGGAGAGAUGCUUUUAGGACAUUUGAAGGAAAGUUUACAACUUGUUAUAAUAUGUCCAACAAUUAUCACUAGCACUUGUAAAGAACCAUUUCCCGGAUGGAUUGAAGGAGUAAAGUAAG